CUUUACUCAAGAUCAAGUUAUCAAAACACACCGGGAGGUACAUCAACCAAAGUUAUGGCUACCGUCCAAGCCCAGAACAAAGCCGUGGUCCAGAAAUACUUCGAGGAGUACUGGGGCAAGGGCAAUGCGAAUAUCGUUGAUGAACUUUGUGAUGAUCACUUCGUCAUCGAUUAUCCCAUGCACGGGCGUCGCCGUGGCAAAGAAGCGGCGAAGAAGAUGCUCAUUGAAUUUAGACAGGCAUUCCCUGAUAUUUCCUUCCACGCGUACAAGUUCCCUCUAAUUGCCGAGGGUGAUUAUGUUGUUGGCCGUUGGAUCGGUGGUGGUAGACAUACCGGUGUCGCCUUUGAUGAUCUGGCGGUAGGCCAGCUCGAUAAGCCCAAUACCGGUAAAGAAAUCUAUUUCUCGGGCACAACUAUUUUUACUCUGAAGAAGGGCAAGAUCGUGGAUGAAAUUGGCGAGGAGCAGGCUCUGACGGCUCUGCAGCAGUUGGGAUUGGUUUCUCAACCAAAUCCAGGCAUGGAAGUCAAGUACGAUGCAGAAGGAAACCACAUCUAAGGGUAUCGAAGCAUGUGAAUGAUGACCUUGGCUGAGAUAAGUUGAUUGUGAAGUAGACGAAAUUUUCCGCUUCUUUGAGAAUGCUUGUCAACUAGGUAGAGAUCAA